ACUAGCAGAUCGCCUUGCUGUCAUCCUGUUUAACAAACGCCAGGUGUGUCAGGUACCUGGCGAUUUGAUCUACAGGUUGAAGAAGAUGAACGCAGUUUCAUCACAAGUUCCAAGUCUUGGGACGCAGUUUCGGAAGGAAGUUGAGUCACACCCUGCCAUGGCGCCGCUCGUGUUGGAGGAAGACCCUGAGAUCUACGAGGAAGUGGACGGGCGCGUGUCCGUCCUAGUCGCUGAGUACAACGCUCUUUGCGAGGAUAACAACCCCGACAAGUUUGACAGCUCUCUUAGAAAGGUGUACAAGACAUCGGCUAUCACGGAAUCAUACUUGGUACACGGGAGGGACUUCAUUCUUGCAAAGUUUGCGGACGGUACGAUAGCGUACUUGAAAGUUGUCGGCGGUGAGGUGCGAGAGGACAUUGACGGGUACGUAUUCAAUGGGGGCCUCGCUGAGCUGGUAGCGUAUCACCUCGACCGUCUGCUCGGGAUGGGUCGAGCGGCUGUCUCCGCUGCACGGCGGCUGCGCCUGGACGGGACGGUCCCGAUAAACGGCGUCAUCAACGUGCAAGGGGAGGUGUUGGAAGAUUUCAGCGGUAAAAGGGACACACUGGGCCGGUACCUUACUGAAUCGAAGACGACAUCUAAAAGCAUACAGUGGAUAGCAAACCAACUUCAGAAAGGUCAACAUGAACUUCAUCAUUCUCUAAAUGUUGUUGUUGUAGGGAAAAUGAAGUCCCUAAAAGACAAUAUAGAGCUACAUCCACAAGUCAGAGAAUUCUUCAAUCAUAGUGCAAACGUUUCUCAGCUCGAAAACGUCGGAGUGACAAGGCAAAUGUUGCGGGAUCUUGCCGAUAUUUUCGUGUUUGAUUUCUUAAUUCACAAUCCUACAAAAGAAAGGCUGGCUAUGUCGGAGCUGCGUUUUGUGAGUAAUGAUAACGAUAAAGCAUUCUGGCCUGACGUCUCAACCAACGUGUGCGAGUCCAUUCUCAGAUGCCCUGCGUCGCUUCAACCCGAAGGCACCCGAGCAUCUACGGAGAAAAACGACGCGUGUCCGAAUAUCCGUUCGAACCCUGAUGUGCUUCCUUCGGACCAAUUCGUGAACUGUCGCUUUACAAAGCACAUUGCCUCCAGACUUAAACGGUUCAGCGAUAAAACAGGACCUGGCCAAAUGUUCUCGUCUAAACUACGACGAUCUCUCAUUAUGAACGAGACUGUUGAUAUCCAUUCGUUCAAGUCUUACUUUGGCAAAGUGGACUUAUAUGAAGGGAUUGGCGCAAGGCUGGAUCGUUUAGCAAACUAUAUAAAGCAAUGUAUGGUCAGGUUUGGUGAUGGAAUAUUCAUAUGAUGUAAUAUAAAUAAGUACGAUUUGCCGGUUUAUCUAUGUAUUGAUGACAAAUUAGCUGAUAUCAUAUCGCUGCUAUUUGUAGAAAAUCUUGUCAUGAAGACGACAUAUGAUUUACAUAUUUUGCACGAGAGACCUUAUUGAAGCCGUUUACAUGUAACCCCGUUAGACGAACAACGCGCAUUAGUCAAACUAUGUUUCAGCCAUGGUCUAACUGAAGAACACACUCAACUGACAGGACAUUCCUUCACGCAACAUCUACUACCUGGAACAGGCUCCCAGACAGUGCGGUCAGAGAGAUCACAGAAAGCGGCUUUUAAUGUUUGCCAUCUUAUCACUGUCUUCUGCCGAAAACAUCAAAUGCUAAAGUAACCAUCAUUAGACUUGUCUGUCAUUCAUCGCUAUUCGGUAAAUGCUGUACAGUGAUUAUGACUCACCUUUAAGGUCACAAGUGCACGUUGAUCGUGUCAGCAUGUGUUUGUGUACCGCCGCAUACGGCAAGGUCCCUCGAUCUGUUGGCUGGACAGAGCACUCAAACGAAUGGUAAUAUGGACACACGCAUCCAGCUAGGUAAUUCUGUGAAAGCUUCUACACCUACGGCACCGCCACUGCACACGAAAGGUGUGGGUCUUCAUGUAACAUCAGUCGUAUCAAGCUACUUUUAUUCA